UAUGAGAAAUUAAACAGUCCCCAAAUCACGGCCCAUGAUAGACGGUUCAUGGCCCACAAGUGCCAUGUUGAGCCUGUUAAUACGAAUUUGAGUUAGGCCGUAUGAGUUAACCGGGAAUUAUCGAGCUGAAGAGAGAACCGGAGCUACUGUUGAAAGAUUAUUCCGAGAAAAUCUUUCCCAAAAAAUUAUGUGAAACGUCUAGCUCUUUCGAUCACUUUCUACAACGACCGAUAAAGCUUCACCUAACACAGCGGGCAGCGACGGAGGUCGUUCUCCGGUAGUUGAUGAUGGGAAAUCGUAAAUUCCAUGGAAUAAGAAGGGUAUAAUCGUCAUUUCAAGUCAGGUCAACCGACGAUACUGAUACGAACGAAACUUCGGCCCAAAUUGAGUUUAUGGGCCCAAUAUCAUAUUUACAAUUCGUUUUCCCCAGUUUUUACUUUUUUGUAUCCUCCUCUUCAUUCAUGCUGGGUUCUCGCGAUAAACCUAUCGGCGGAUUGCUGGAAUACUAAGCUGAAUCUUUCAGAUUUCCUAGAUUUUCAGUAUACGCUAUGGGAAAUACUUCUGGUGACGACAAGAUACUCAGCUAUGAAGAUGUUGUCCUCAGGAGAUCAGAUUUGGACAUCCUAAACGGACCCAAUUUUCUAAACGAUCGUGUUAUCGAGUUCUACCUAAGCUUCUUAUCCACAGUUCACAGUUCCCCUACCAUCUCACUAAUCCCUCCCUCCAUUGCUUUCUGGAUCUCAAACUGCCCCGACACUGAAUACCUCAAAGAUUUCGUGAAACCCCUUAAUUUGCGCGACAAAGACCUCCUGAUAUUCCCUGUAAACGACAAUACAAAUGUCGAGGUAGCAGAAGGCGGAUUACAUUGGAGCUUACUUGUGUACUACAAAGAGGCCAACACGUUUGUCCAUCACGAUAGCUUCAUGGGAGUGAAUAAAUGGAGCGCAAAAGAUCUCUUCAAGGCGGUUUCGCCGUUUGUAUCUAAUGGAGAUGCAUCAUACAAGGAAUGCACUGAUACACCGCAGCAAAAGAACGGGUACGACUGCGGUGUUUUCCUUCUUGCUAUCGCUCGGGUUAUAUGCGAAUGGUUCAGCGCUGGAGGAAUGAAGAAUCGGGAUGAGCUGUGGUUUACUAAUGUGAAGGAGACUUUACCUGAUUUGGUUAAUCAUCUGAGAGAAGAGAUAUUGGGGCUGAUCAAGAGGUUGAUGUCUGAGGGUGCGAGUAAAUGAGAAAUGGUUAUUGAAUGUGGUAGAUAUUCCGGUUGGAUUAUUUUAACUGUUGACCGGAAAUAAAACAUUUGAUAUUUUCACCGGUUAUUGAAAUCAGCGGUUCUGCUCUGUUUUA